GAGAGAAAGAGAUCGAAAGAAGAAGCGGCGAACGGAAAAGAAGUCGUCGUUGAUGAUCGAUGCCGAAAAUGAAGCAUCUCUUGCGGAAACUCCACAUCGGCGGUGGUUUAAAUGAGCACCAACGAUUGGCGGAAGUGCAGCCGGUGAUCAGCUCGAGUCCGAGUCCUAACGUGACGGGACAAGGAACUUCUUCUUCUUCGGCGUCUUCAAUUGGUUCGGGUACAAUGGGGAGAAUCGGGGUCGUUGAAUCGAUCGGGGGAGAUCGGACGGCUGGGGAUGAAGUGGAUUUUAAUUUAUUGGAAGAAGAGUUUCAGUUGCAGUUGGCGUUGGCGAUCAGUGCUUCGGAUCCCGAGACGGCUCAGAUCAACGCUGCUAAAACAAUUAGCCUCGCCGGCGCCGGCUCCGACGCCAACGCUUUUGUCGAGUUACUCUCGAUUCGUUAUCGGAACUAUAAUGUGGUAAACUAUAAUGAAAAAAUUGUGGAUGGAUUUUAUGACGUGUAUGGGAUUGCCUCAUCCCUUGGUCUGGAAGGGAAGAUGCCAUCUUUGAUUGAUCUUCAAGCAGUAUCAGUGUCAGAAAAGGUUGAUUAUGAAGUAAUUUUGGUUAACCGGUUGCUUGAUCCUGAACUGCAAGCACUUGAGAAAAGAGUGUAUAACAUAUAUGUGCAGUCCCUAGCUUUAGGCCAUGGCCUGUUUUUGAGUGACUUGAUUCAGAAAAUUGCAGAAAUGGUUGUCAACAGAAUGGGUGGGCCAGUAGCUGGUGCUGAAGAAAUGUUGCGAAUGUGGACCUUGAGAAGUUAUGAGUUACGGAAUUCUCUUAACAAUAUCAUUCUUCCAUUGGGAAGACUUGAUGUUGGACUUUCGCGCCACAGAGCCCUGCUGUUUAAGGUUCUAGCUGAUAGAAUUAAUCUCCCAUGCAUGCUAGUCAAAGGGAGCUAUUACACUGGUACAGACGAUGGAGCAGUGAACUUGGUUAGAAUCAACAAUGGAAGUGAAUAUAUUAUCGAUCUGAUGGGUGCUCCCGGAACACUGAUUCCUGCUGAAGUACCAAGCUGUCAGCUCCUAAGGUCUGCACUGGAUGUAAGGGGCUUUAAUGAAGCCUCUCAAGGUUCGUGUUUGGUAUUUGACAAAGAAAUUGAAAAUUUGGCAGCUUCAGCUGCUCUAAAUAUGGGAAUUAAAACUGGUGCCAUGAGGGCAGCUGAAUUUGCGAGCAGUCAGACAAAUGAAGAUGGAAGGGGCCUUGCCAGAAGAGAUGCUGCUGAGAGAACUGAACAGGAGUUAGGGAAGCUUCUUUCCUCAGCACCUAACUAUAGUGAUAGCUUUUCUGGCAUUCAUGAAAAACCUUCAUCAGCACAAAAGAGAAAGGUUAAAAAUGUGUCGAAGUAUGUUAUUAGCGCAGCAAAGGACCCGGAGUUUGCUCAGAAAUUGCAUGCUGUUUUAUUGGAGAGUGGUGCAUCACCUCCUCCAGAUUUGUUCAUGGAUAUUAGUUCUCAGGAUCUUAGUGAACAAAGUAUGCCUGGACAAGUAGUGAAAGAGACAAAUGUGGUUGCUUCAGAAAAUAUUAAUUCCAAUAUGAGGCAAAAGCAAAUGGCUAAGCACCAAAGGGAGUUGGAAACUAAUGUGAUAAAUUCUAAUGUUAUAUACGGUGGUUCAAACAAGGGAUUUCUUCUUGGUAAUUCAGCUGAUGGUUGGAUACAAGUUCGUAAGUCUUCCUUCUUUACUAAUGGGUUUUUCCAAAUACAGCCAGAAAAUGUCUUGGCCAUGGAUGAGAAACUAAUACAAAGGACUUUUGGUACUGGUUUCAAUGAAGAAUCUGCAUUGGAAAUGAUUGAAAGCACAGAUAGUGAUUUGCAUCUGGGUAGCAAUGGUCGCAGUGAGAAGAUUUACCCUAUACUAAGAGAAGUUUCGGAAUGGGAAAUUCCAUGGGAGAAUCUUCAAAUUGGUGAUCGCAUUGGUAUUGGAUCAUAUGGUGAGGUCUACCGAGCAGAUUGGAAUGGCACUGAGGUUGCUGUGAAGAAGUUUCUAGAUCAAGACUUCUCUGGUGAUGCAUUAGUUCAGUUUAAAUGUGAAGUUGAAAUCAUGCUAAGGUUGAGGCAUCCAAAUGUUGUUCUUUUCAUGGGAGCUGUUACUCGUUCUCCUAAUUUCUCUAUAUUGACAGAGUUUCUCCCCAGGGGAAGUUUGAAUAAGCUUCUGCAUCGAUCCAAUCCUCAACUCGACGAGAAAAGAAGAAUGCGAAUGGCUAUUGAUGUGGCAAAAGGUAUGGAUUAUUUGCACACAAGCAAUCCUACUAUAGUGCAUCGAGAUUUGAAAACACCAAACCUCCUUGUUGAUAAGAACUGGGUCGUAAAGGUCUGUGAUUUUGGGUUGUCACGCAUGAAGCAUCAUACUUUCCUAUCCUCAAAGUCUACUGCUGGAACGCCUGAAUGGAUGGCACCGGAACUACUAAGGAAUGAGCCGGCUAAUGAGAAAUGUGAUGUGUACAGUUUCGGUGUGAUAUUAUGGGAAUUGGCUACUUUACGCAUUCCCUGGAAAGGUUUGAAUCCAAUGCAAGUUGUCGGAGCUGUUGGAUUCCAAAAUAGACGUCUAGAAAUCCCUGAAGACAUUGAUCGGGUGGCUGCACAGAUCAUUCGUGAUUGUUGGCAAACGGAGCCACAUCUACGACCGUCAUUCGCACAGCUCAUGUCCCGUCAACUGCGACUUCAACAUCUGUACAUGGAAAGGCAAAACUCAAAAAAUCAAAUUAUAGAAUGAUAAGGUACACAGUGUUUGAUGUAAUAAGUACUCAAUUAGCCGUUUCCUUGGUCAGAGACCGAGGCAGCCAGUUUUCUUUUUAAGGUGCAAAGAAAGUUAGAGCCAGGAGUCGGGGAAAGUGUCGGCUCAUUCGAAGUGGGGGAUCGGCAUACUUCCCCAAUCCUAGAAAUAGGGUGGAUUCAAUCCUCUUUAAAGUAAAGCCAUUGAGGAUACCUCUUGAAAAAUUGUGUUUUAGUAUCAUGAAUAGGUAGAGCCUUUGUCAAGUGUAAGAAAGUUACCAAAAAGGAAAAAAAA